UCCAAAUACUGAGUUGCCUGCAGGCGGCUGAUGUUGUUCUCCAAGACAAGGUUGAUUUCUGCCUUCACUGAGGAAUGUCGACCGUUAGAGAGAUGGAUGCAAUGUUCAACAUACUUGAGCAGUUCAGACUGCAAUCUCUCUACGACCAGUUUGUCCAGUUGGGCGUAGAGGAUGAAAGAGAUUUCGUGGACAGCGUAACAGAUGAAGAUCUGAAAAACAUGGGUCUAAGUCAGGUGGCGAAGAACCGAUUUUCAAGGAUGAAAAAGUUCAUUCAAGGACCCAGAACUGCGGAGCUUCAAGUUCAAACUGUGGUGCCUGUGCAAAAGUCACUGGAGUUGUUCUGUCUGCAGUACACUUACCCCAAAUGUCCUCAACCAAAACAUAUUAACGAUUUGGAUCCAGCGAUAAACACAGUUGAGGAUUUGAUGUUGAGGAUCGGCCACCUUGAAAGUGUUGGUAAUUCCAAAGGAGUCUGUCUCUACACACUCGAUGGGAUGCCCUUGACAGAUGAUCCCUUCUUCAACACAUGGUCUUUGAAAGACAGACAUGUUCAAAAUGGAGCUGUGAUUUAUGCCAUUUUCACACCAAAGGAAAACCUGAAACGGGCUCCUCAAAUACCAAAGCGAGAGUUUGGUGAAACCUACGGAGGCAAUGUGGUUCGAUGCCACAUCAUGCUCAAGGGAGACUUUGAAGUGACGGUGAACUUGUUAAGUGACACCAUAACCAGUCUGAGACUCAAGCUGGCGAAUGAAAGUGGAAUCCCAGCAAACGUCCUUCAUUACAAAGGUCAACAUUGUGUUAGUGACACACUGCAAAGCUGUGGGAUCUCUGAAGGGUCGAUGGUUAACUUCUCUUUGUCCACAUUUUCUGACGAAACUUCACACGAUGAGACUUUCUUCAUUAAUGAUUUUGUGCCUUCAGUCCAACAAACCCAGAAAGGAAUCAGUGUGUUCUUGUCUUCACUUUAUGCUCUCAAAUGUAAUUUUUCAACAGAGCAACGGAAGAAACUGAUUUCCUACAUAAGAAAACUGACUGGAUGCAACCCUCUCGCCCAAAGUUUGCAUCAGUUACUCUGGAGGAAUGAACGCCUAACCAGGAAUCAGAAGAUUGCAGUCGUUGAAGGCUUGUACAUACUCUUCAGAGAGCUUUUGCCACAACGUGGAACACAACAGGGGGAGAAACUCAUUGAGGACCUGUAUGUGUUUGAGAAUUCACUGUACUGCUGGGCACAUCUCCUAUCAGAAGCAAAGAAACCGGCAGCAGAUCAUGAGAACUACGCACCAAUCACUCUUAUGUCUGAAGAUGGCAGCCGCUUCUCUGAACCAGUCAGAGUACCUGGAGUACCUGGAGCUUUUGAACGAGCAUACGUUCGCCAGAAAAUCAAAGAUGGAGAGAGAAUUCCAAAUUGCACUGAAGAGGUUUUGCGAGAAACGUCAGUACAGCGAGCCAAUGACAUUGAAAAAAUCUUGCUCAGUUUGCCUCCAUUCGUCAGAUCUUAUCCUCUUUGGAUUGACCAAGAUAAGAUGACUGGUCAAAACUUUCAGAUAAACAUGGAGAAGACCUUUGGAAGUAUGAUGGAAGAAUUAAAAUCUCCCCACAAUCAAUACCUCAAUGUGACCCCAGCUCUACAUUUGAAGGAGCUGGGACAGUGUGAGGCACGCCUUCUUCUACUGAGUGAAGACAACAUUGGCGUAUGCUUGCAUAAAGAAAAAGGAUCUCCUGAUAUGAUCAGAGUGCACGAUUGUUUGGAUGGCAAAGACAAAGCAGUGGAUUUGAAUGUGUUGGCAGCCAGGACUGGUGACCAUAAAGAUGACCGAACAUUCGUCACAACAAGGACUCCAAAAGAGGCCAUACUGGUGCUGAUAGACACAAGCACCUCCAUGGAUGGGGCGUGCUAUGCAAGUGCAGAAAUAAAGAAGAUCAAUGUUGUGAAAGAGCUCUUUGACAACUUUGCAACAAGAACCAUGGCUUAUGAUUUUUAUCAUGUCAUCGGCCUCGUGAGUUUCGACUCCCGGGUGAAAAUUCUCCACACAUUUACAGAAAAUCUGGAAAAGUUCAAGGAACACGUACGCAACCUCGAGGCAAGUGGAGGUACUAAGCUCUACGACGCCCUGCAACUUGGGGCAACGGAGUUGGAAAAGCUCAAGACGAGGUUCCCAGAUUGCAGACUUCGCAUCGUGUGUCUCACUGAUGGAUAUGAUUCUAGAUCCUCCACGGAGCCAGACGCUGUUACAGCCAAACUGCUGAAAUCUGACAUCAUUGUUGACUCAAUCCUUCUUGGAAAGGUGAAGAACAAUAUGCUGCAUGGAAUCAGCAAUGCAACAGGUGGUUGCUGUUUCAAACCUAAGACAACCAAAGAGGGUCUGAAGCUCUUUGAGAUUGAGACAGUUCUGUCUUUGGAGCAGAGGAAACUCAAGGAAAAACUUGACCCGUCUUCCAUCAGUCAGCAGAGAUUGUUGCGCUUCUUCACUACUCAUGGGUAUGACGAAUGUCCAGAGACAUCCUUGCCAAGCCAGAUCAACAGCAAAGCGACAGCGACAGAGAGUGCUCUGAAAAAGAAGAUUCGGGAGGGGAAGGGGAGGUUUCUGGAGAAGGACAAACGUAUCCUGGAGGAGCUGAAGAGCCUGCAUUGUAACCCACAUCCCUUCUUCAGAAUCUUUCCAUCAGAGUCGGACUUAACGUUCUGGAGGAUCCUCAUGCAAGGCCCUCCUGACACACCGUAUAAGAAAGGCGUGUUUGAGCUGUACUGCCAGUUUGGUCCCGACUACCCAGCGAAACCUCCACUCUUCCGCUUUGUCACAAAAGUGUACCACUGCAAUGUCAACAGUGUGGGCCGCAUCUGCCACAACAUAUUUGACCGCAACUACAAUGCCCACAUCUCCAUGAGAGAGAUCCUAGAAGCUGUGUAUGGACUGCUCAUCAUCCCUGAGCCUGAUGAUCCCCUGGACAGCAUUUUGGCUGAAGAGUUCCUGACAAACCGUGAGACGUAUGAACGAGAAGCCGAGAAACAUACAGAGGAAACUGCAGGAAAGUCACUGGAUGACAUGGAGAAAGAAUUGGUGGAGCCUGUGCCACAGCUCAUACCUCAACAUCUGAUCUGUCCACUCACCAAGAAGAUGUUUGUUGAUCCUAUGAGAACAGUGUAUGGCACCGUGUAUGAACGCAAAGCCAUUGAGGAACACUUGAAGCAACACCAGUACGAACCGACGGCUGGCCCAGAACAUGCGCUUGACAUGAGCUUCAUCAAAGCAGACCAGGACAUGAAGAAAAUGGUGAUGGAUCAUCGCUCUCGUCAAAUUCAGUUUGACGAUCCAGCUGUGUAGUUUUACAUCAGGUUCAUGUGAAAAAGAAAAAUUUACUUUAUUACUCAAACUUAUGCUUUAUCUAUACAAGUUUGUUCUGCCAGCUGGGAAAGAUUAGUGUAGGUUAUUUUCUCUCCUUUCCUGACAUCACUUCGACUUUAUAUGAACAGUGACGGGCAGUUAUUUGUUUUCUCUGUUGAGAUGCUUGUGUUUGGGGUUCAUUGUUGCUUUUAACUUUUGAUUGUUGAAUUCACUUUUGCAUGCUUUACUAUUUCCUUAUUCACUGUUUUAGCACUCAAUCAUGUUGUAUGUAACAUUUUAAAUGUUUUUCUUGGAGUUCAGUUUGCAUUGCAUUUGUCUUACUAGUGAUAACCGAAGAAUGAAUGAUGAGAGUAAUUGAGAGAAGGACGGAGCAUUUUUUCUUUGAUCAGUUUAAAAUAUACAGAAAUGCUUCUUUUCUUUAAGUAAUCCAUGUUGAAGCUCAUGUGUAUGCAGGUGAGCCAUAGCCCUAUCUUUAUAAGUGAAAGUAACAACUAAUAUUUCUGACUUUGAUGCAAAGAUUAUUAAAGACAAAUAAUUUCUCAACAAAAUGUAUCUGGUUGUUGUCAACUUUCAAAUAGUUCUAUAUUAUAAAUAGUAUAUAGAUAGUAAAACAAUUAUAAUUUGGACAUACAAUAUGUUACAUUUUUAAUUUACAUGAGACAGUUUGUGAAGUUUAUAAACUCUGUCACAUGCACAUUAAAAUAGUUUGGGUGAUAGAUUAAUGUGACAAUAAUAAAACUGCAAAACACUCAGUCCUGUCUUAUAAUUAAAACUGUUGAAGAUGAAAACAUAAAGGUAAAAGUUCUAAGAUUGAUAUUAAUUUGAUGAUUCUUUUCCAAAUAGGACAGAUGAUUGGUCACUAAGACUCAGUCAGUAGUUAGGCUUCAGCUUUUCACAUUUACCUCCAGUAAGAGCAACGUUGAAGUUAAUAGAAAUGAAAAUGGUCAUCUUGGGAAGGACGUCACCCAACAGCAAAGCCGUGUAGCCGCAUGCGAACAUCCAGCGCCUAUACGGAUAAAUGGACAAUUCUUUACUUCCCCCAAAAGACCGCUUCAGGGCACCACAAGUCAACUGAAAGGAGUCCAAGAGACACAAACGGAGCUGGAGUUCAUCAGCAACUUUUACCAGCCAGUCCCUCCUUCAAGGGUGUCAACUUGAAGUCGGGCCACAGACCAGACAGCUGGGCCUGAAACAGGAAGAUAGUCUGAGUCUGUUGCAGGAAAAAUGCAAGGGAUGUCUGGUAUUGUGUUUUAUGAGAUUGCAAACUAUUGAACAAACUGUACCCUUUGGAAACAUCACAGACUCACUACUGUAUUAUAUUUGGGAGCAUAACUACUUGACAGUUGCAUAAAUUGUUUUACUCUGGAAUCAUUUCA